AGAGCCGUAAGCGGGUUAUGGUCGGGCGUAUAAUACCGCUUCGGCAUGUCCUACACGUAUACACUUACCUAUACUCUACGCGCGGUACGUGUACGUCUUAUAAAUACGAGGCAGUGCGUGGCGCACUCGAGAGAGAAGGUGCGUAAGUCCGCAUCUGCCCGAGAUUCUCACGCGCGACGCAUCUGUCUCAAGUUCCCACGAGAAACCCGGGGUCCCCCGAGAAGGAGAAGUCGUGUUGCCCGGGAGCAGGCCACGGACCGAGAAAGUUUCGUCCGUCGGACGCGGGCUGUCCACGUGGCGGUGACGCGCCUAGAGACGCCACCGUCUUUCCCGCCGCCACGCUCGUUAAAGUGUCAGAUUAUAGGAAGAACGUGAAGCUGCAACGCGGGACUGCUGAAGCGGAUUGACGAGCUCAGGUGUCAGUGUUGGUG